AUGGCUGAUAACGAGGGCAGUGCCCACGCCAAGGCCCCUGAGGUCAAGGUUCCGGUGGAAGCUGAGCCUCAAAAUGAACUCACCAAGAAGUUCACUGAGAAGGAUUGGGACGCCGUCAAGGAAUUGAGAACAGCGUUGCCACUCAUUAUCGAGGAAGCCGUUCCGACAGAUCCUGAAGGCCGGUUCCGUGUGACCGAUAUGUGGGGUGUUCCUCUGGACCCAUCAAGAGUGGACGAUGCUCGCGUCAGUGUUAUCCUUUUGAAAUUCAUCAAAGCAGUCAAUUACGACGUAGAAGAAGCGACGAAACGACUUAUCGCUACCAUCAAAUGGCGAGAGGAAUUCAAAGCCUCCGAGACAGUCAAUGAGGAGUUUCCAACGGAAGUAUUUGGGACUUUGGGACACGUCUUUGGGCAUGACAAAGAGGGACGUCCCAUCACAUGGAAUGUGUAUGGAGGUAUAGAUCAACAAGCCGUAUUUGGGGACUUAAAUCGCUUUCUUCGCUGGAGAGUCGGCUUGAUGGAGCGUGGCCUUCGAGAAGUUAAUUUCACAACCGUAGACUCUAUGAUUCAAGUUCACGAUUAUCUCGGAGCAUCGAGAGACGCAAAUAGCAAGAAGGCAGCGACGGCAGCCUCGAAAUUAUUCACCGAUUAUUAUCCUGAACUACUCCAUCAGAAGUACUUUGUGAACGUCCCAACGCUUCUAACUUACGUCUUCUGGAUAUUUAAACCACUCUUACCGGCAGCGACGUUCGCGAAACUGAAGGUUGUCGGAGUUGGGCCCGAAGUCAUCGGUAAAGAACUUUCACAACGUAUCCCCAUCGCAGAACUUCCAAAACAGUAUGGGGGUACAGCAGAAGGGUUCUGAUCUGGUUUUCCGAACCGGAUGGGCAGACAGCUUUAGCAGAUGACCUGAAGGAACGCCAUCUUUGUAGUUUCUGAGGGCAAUCUCAAUGCCAUUUCAUGAUGAUGAUCUGAUCUUCCGUCAACUGCUCAAUAAAAUUCUCGUCUUUCUUCAGCUGCGCUAAAGGCUCUGGUCUCGUAGCUCUUGGAACUGCGUAUUAGACCGUUCAUCCUGCAACUUCCACCGUGAAUCUGUGAGAAGGAUGAGGAUCCAGAGAGUGUAAAAUAUCUUGGCAGGCGUAGGAAACGGUUAUAGCAUGGCUCGAAUUGUCUCAAGACUAGCU